CGACACAACCACCCGGAGAACAGGCUGCAUAAUUCCUUCAAAAUUCCGGUUAAAGCAAGGAUGUGAAUUCCCACUCAUUCUAGUUCUCAUCACUCUUUCUCCAACGAUGUCUGCCAUCAAGAGUGUUGUUCUGAUUACAGGUGCUGCUGGGUGGCUUGGUGGCCUGCUCACCCAUGCUCUUCUUGAGGAUUCAAAAACCCCAAACCUCCACCUCAUCCUUGCCGAUAUCGUCGAACCCAAGGCACCUGCAAAUUCCAAGGCUAUCACUUGCAAGGCAGACCUUACUGAACCCGCGGAGAUCGACAAACUGUUCAACACGGAGUUUGGCGUUUCAGACACUAUCUACUGCCUACACGGCAUCAUGUCCCGUGGUUCAGAGGACAAUUUUGACUUCGGCUUGAAGGUCAAUAUCGACUCCAUUCGUGCGUUGCUCCAGGCUGCGAGGAAGUACUGUGCGAAUAGACCUACUCCCAUCAAAUUUAUCUUUACUUCAUCGCUUGCUGUUUACGGAGGACCUCUCCCUGAAGUUGUCAAGCCUGACACGAUUGCUACUCCUGAAGGCGCAUAUGGAUUCGGCAAACUUAGUUCCGAACUUCUCGUGAACGAGUUUUCUCGCCGAGGUUUUAUCGAUGGUCGUAUCAUCCGUUUGCCUACCGUUACCGUGCGAUCCGGGGCCCCUUCUGCUGCCACCUCAGCCUUCAUUUCCGGAAUCAUUCGUGAACCUCUUAAGGGUGUUGAGGCGGUCUGCCCCAUUGGCGAUUCGUUUGACUCACCCGAACUCAACCUCGCACUCUGGAUUGCCAGUCCCAAAGUUACCAUCCAAAAUUUUGUCAUUGCCAAACACGUCCCAGCUGACAAGUUCCUCAAACACACACGCGUCGUCUGUCUACCUGGUUUCACCACCACGGUCCGGGAGGAACUUGAGGCGUUGGAAAAGGUUGGAGGAAAGCAAGCGUUGAAUCUCGUCAAGUUUAAGGAUGAUCCUACCGAUCGCAGGAUUGUAUCCUCAUGGCCAGCCCGGUUUGACAACACCUAUCCUCUGAGCCUUGGCUUCGUUGUCGACGAGGGCGGAAUGGUUCCCCUAGUUGAACAGUUUAAGAAAGAAGUUGCCGCUGGAAUUGCAUAACCAGCUUUGGAUUAUGCAAUGUAUAAGGAGUGUAUACCAGGAUAACUUAUGCUCACUUGUUUUGAUUGAUGAUUUGCACAACCUGUAGCGCGGAAGACUUAAUACGGGCCAGCACUCAUUUCUCUUCGUCUACCUCCAUCAUGAUGAUCCUCGGUUGAUCUCCUCGUGAACUCCAAAGUUUCCCCCCAGCUUCUUUUGGGCAGUCCCCGCCGACCCAACCUUCUGUUGAAGCGACAGCGGCCAAGGGGCUACAGAAAGUGCAGUUCUCCCAAUUGGGGUACAGGAAGAGGCGGAUUUAUUGGCUUUAUGCCGAAAAGAGCAAGAUGUUCUGGCGAAAAACUGAUGUGUAGUGUAUGUCAGAAGGCCGGAGAAAUCUGUACAUGGCCUGCACGUCUUAAUAGACGACGGACGAACAGGUGGAUGGAGCGAGAAAAGAGGGAACGCCGUCGCUGCAACGGCGGUCUCGAAUGGUUUUAGUAUACAAAUCGUAGGUUUGGAUAUUCGGGCGGUGUACAAGGCUAAUAACAUUGGUCCUUCACCAAGUCACCACCGAGUUAUCGAUCCAAACAUUUAACACCGUGCCACCAAUAUGCCAUGACAAGAUCUCUAUUGACUCCUUCUCAGGUCAACGGCGUCAAAUCAAAUCACACUCUCCGCGAACCCGUUUUCAAUAUUCCCUCACUUUUCCGGUAUUUCAAGCUUCAGAUGGCAGGGACACCACGCCGGCCGCAGAUUGCUCGAGCACUCGAACCACAGGUCGUGUAGAAUCGAUGAGACCCAGACCGUCAGGAAGAGUUGGAAUUGUAGUAUUUUUUUAGGAUUUACUCAUCCAAUUACAACUUCUUCUAAUCGAC